UUGGGCUUGGUGACCAUCAAAGCACCAACACAACAUGGCCCAUAUUUAAUUUAAAAAUUCCUCUAUUGACUUGUGAUUUAGCUAAAUCCCCUCGUUUUAGGAUAAAAUUACAAGUUUUGCCACCAAAUUUUCAUAAAUCCUGUCAAAGGAGGCGCUCUAGGGUUUCGGCGAUCGUAUCCCAACUAAACUCAGGAAAUAAGGUGACGAAGACCCUUGGUUUAUUGAAAAUGAGCCAGAUAGAAGAGAAAUCCAAGAAGGGCAAGCAAAAUGAGACCAAUAAUUUGCAAGAUAUUGAUAACGGAGAUAGUUGCCUAAACACAGCUGGUGGUUUUUCAAAAGAUAAUAAGUUAAAAUCAGUUUUAAAUGAAGAUGAAGUUGAGAAGAGUGAGGGAAAUGAUGGUAAUUUAGCACAGCCGGUCAAGAAGAAGAGGAAACACGAAGUCACGGAAAAUGAAUCUAAAUUAAAAGUCAAAUCCGAGAAAGUCAGUUUUUCGAGUCGUGUAGAAACUGAUGGAGACAGUUGUGUAAACGCAGCUGGUGAUUUUCCAAAGGAUAAUGAGUUAAAAUCACUCUUAAACGAAGAUAAAAAUGAAGAUGAAGUUGAGAAGAGUAAGGGAAAUGAUGGUAAAUUAGCAAAGAAGACAAAGAAGAAGAGGAAGCGUGAGGUCACUGAAAAUGAAUCCAAAUCAAAAGUCAAAUCCGGGAAAGUCAGCUUUUCGAGUCGUGUAGAAACUGAUGGAGACAGUUGUUUAAACGCAGCUGGUGAUUUUUCAAAGGAUAAUAAGUUAAAAUCAGUAUUAAAUGAAGAUAAAGAUGAAGAUGAAGUUGAGAAGGGUAAGGGAAAUGAUGAUAAUCUAGCAAAGGUCAAGAAGAAGAGGAAGGUCACUGAAAAUGAGUCAAAUUCAAAAGUCAAAGUCAAGAAAGUCAGCUUUUCAAGUCACGUAGAAACUUUCCCUGCAUCCGACACUCAAAAUGAGAAGUCGAAAACCGAAGAAGACAAUUUAGUGCGAGGCAAAAGGUUUACCCCAGAAGAAGACGAAAUAGUAAAAGAUGCCGUGUUACAUUAUAUAAAAUCGCACGCCUUAGGUGAAGAAGGUUUAAACAUGGUUUUAAACUGUCACGCUUACCCACAGAUAAGAAACUGUUGGAGAGAAAUCGGGAUGUGCAUACCAUAUCGCCCACAUACCGCCAUCUAUUACCGGGCUCAUACUCUAUUCGAACGUGGCGAAAAACGCAAAUGGACUAAAGAGGAAACCGAGUUUUUGCAAGAAUGUUAUGAAAAACACGGUAACGACUGGAAAAUGGUGGCCAAAGAACUCGGUAAAAACCGAGUCCACGUGAAGGAUAAAUGGCGAAGAAUAAAACUUAGUAACAAACGCAGAGGAAAAUGGAGUCAAGAAGAGUACCAAAAUUUAUACGAUUUGGUCAACUUGGAUUUACAAAUGAAAGUAGUUUCACAAGAGAAAAGGUCAAAGCAUGGGAUGCUGAGGGACGACAUUCCUUGGGGUGCGAUUAGCGAUAAACUAUCGACCCGAACCGAUAGCACUUGUUGUCUGAAAUGGUACAGUCAGUUGACGUCUUCUCUUGUUGCAGAAAAUAAAUGGUCAAACGCUGAUGAUUAUCGGCUGAUUAAAGCUCUUUAUGAUUUGGAUGCUGCUUGUGUUGAAGAUGUGGAUUGGGAUAGUAUUCUUGAGCAUAGGCCUGGUGACGUUUGCAGAAAACGUUGGGAUCAAAUGGUUCUUCACAUCGGUUAUCAUGGAAGUAAGCCGUUUUCUGAACAAGUGGAAAUUUUGUCGGAACGUUAUUGCCCGGAUUUAACAGAAAUAAGGGAGGCUUGGGACGGUAAACCAUCGAGACAAUGAUGUUGUCAAAUGGUAUGCUUUCAGUUCACAUUUUUGUUGAUUUUUGAUUUGUUGGGUUCUUUAGAUACUGUGAGACAUGGUGUAUAUCUUUUUGUAUCGUUUAGAUUCAGUUGUCACACUUUUCUUCACAAAUCAAUAAAAAAGAUCGUCAAGGACUCAAAAUGGUUUCCUCUUA